AUGGCUCGUACCAGCACUAAAAACCUGAAGGCCCCGUCGAAACCUUCGAAACCAAAGGGAAAGUUAUCAGAAACCUCUAAGCCACCUCCACCUCCCGUCGUAGAAGCUCCUACGUCUACUAGUGUCGAGGCCGAUGCCGAAUCGUCUGACGAGGACUCUGAGGACUCCGAGGAUGAUGGGGUCGACGAAGAAGGAAUGAACAGAUUGAUGAAACUUUUGGAACAAGACGGACUCGACGACAUUGCGGAACAUCAGCUGAGCGAGCUGGGCAUCGGCGAUAACAGCGAAGAGGAAGAGAGUCAAGACGAAGAGGAUAGCGAAGAGGAGUCCGAGGAAGGGGAGGAUAUUCUUGACGACGGUGACGGCGCAUCUGAAAGCGGAUGGGUAGAUGAGGAUGGCGAAAUGGACGAUUCAGAGACUGAUGGUACCAGCAAGCUCAACCCCACAACUCAGGAGGAGUCUGAAGACGAAGAGGAUGGUGAAGAAACCGAGGAUGUUGUCGCACUCGAUGAAGCUUCAGAGGUGGAUGAGGAUGUCGUCCCGAAGCAAAAGAUAGUCAUAAACAACGAGGUUGCACUGAAGCGUAUUAGGGAAACUAUUGAACUGGGCAAAGAUAUGCCAUGGUCAGAGACAUUGGCAUUCACAAGCUCAAAAGCUUUGGAUAUUCCCAAUGCGGACGAUGAUUUGAAUCGAGAGCUUGCAUUUUACAAACAAGCGCUGGAUACAGCCAACACCGCACGAGCAAAAUUCGCAGCUGCCAAGCUACCGUUCUCUCGACCAUCUGAUUAUUUCGCCGAGAUGGUCAAGAGCGACUCGCAUAUGGAGCGCAUACGUCAACGCUUACUCGACGAACGGGCAGGCAUUCAGAAGAGCGAAACCGCAAAGAAGCAGCGUGAGCUGAAGAAGAUUGGAAAGCAAGUGCAAGUUGAGAAAUUAAAGGAGAGAGAAAAGGGGAAGAAAGAGCUGAACGAACGAGUCAAGGGGCUAAAACGAAAACGUGGCGGAGCUCUUGACGCUACAGAUGGCGAAGCGUUCGACGUCGCUGUGGAAGACGCGAUUGCGGACCGACCUGCCAAGCGCGGCAAGGCGGGCGGAAAGUCCAAUAUGACGAGAGCAAAACGGGAUGCCAAAUUUGGAUUUGGCGGCGCAGGCACCAAAGGUCGACGAGGGAAACAAAAUACCAAGCAAAGCACAGAGAGCUUUGACUUCCGGGGAGGCGUGGGCCGAGAGGCAGCAAAACGUGGUGGCCGUGGAGGCAAGCGCGGAGGGUCAAAACGGCCUGGCAAGAGCCGGCGCCAAGCAGGUAGAGCAUAG